GCGCGCUCGGCCUUUCAGACGCUACCGAACGCCGGUACGCUCUUGUACAGUAACCCCCCGGUGUGUUCGGUUCUCGCAUACGAACCAGUUUCCCAGAGACGAGUCUCCUCGAACCGCGGUUUUCGCCGGUCCUCUUGCCCGGUUCGCGGAUCGUGCACCGCUAGACAGUGCCCUUGGAACUGACCGGUCGCGUUGUUUCUCUUCCUCGACAUGCGUUGACCAUUCCUUCGAGCCGCACGCUAAAUACAGACAGAACAAGGUGGACGAACAGUGGGUGUUAUAGGUGAGAAACGAGGCGAAUUGGACGCGGGAUCGUUCUUCGCAAGAUGAGGAACUCCGGCACGUCGAGGUGCUUGCUUCUGCUCCUCAUCGCGGCGGCCGCCCUCGUGGAUGCUUCUCAGAACGACGACCUGGUUUUCGACCAGGAUGGCAAGCAGUCGUUCAACGAGGCUCCGUUGAUAGAGACGCAUCAGCAAGAGUCGAUGCUUCAUCGAUUAAAGAGAGGACUCUUCUCCUGGUUGCAGCCAGCAUCCUCGACAGCGGCGCCGACUACCGAGGCAACAGCAGACCAAGACGAAGACAACGCCGAGGAAGAGCUGGAAAAUGCACCGCCAGGUGAACCUGACGGCGAAGCAGAGCCAAAAAUGUCCAGUGUUAAAGAACCGGCCAACCUGGAGAGACUGGUCCAUGAAAGGGGAGAUCAGUAUGAAGACGUCGAUGAGGAAAACGAGAUUGGUAAUACAGCCGAGGGUCGCAGAGAGCCAGCUGACUUUGGGAAUACCGACGACGAGGACCUGGCUGGUUCUGGGGAAGUCGAAGGCAGUGCCACUGAUGGAGGCAUUGAUAAUCAUCCUUCUGCGAGGGGAAACAGAAAGUACUACAGGAUCACCCUGACAGUCGGUGAACCCUAUAGACGCGAGUAUGCGGACAGAAAUAGCCGGGAGUACAAGGAGCUUAGUGGCAACCUGACGCAACCCCUUGAAGAGCUGUACAAUCGCCGUAUUCCUAAUGAGAACCAUCAUGUCAACGUCGUCAAGAUAUCGCCAACGUCCGACAGCUUCACGUCACAAGUUACUUUAGACAUUGGGUCGACGUUCACGGAUGAGUUGGAGGUGCGGAACAUCCUCGAGCAACAGCUGCAGUACCACUCUUUGGGCAACAUCCAAGUUGGUCCAGAGGGAUUCACGUUCAGAGUGUUCCAAGCCGACAGUGGUGUAGACGAACUGGAAUGCGACCAAUCGACAGAACUGAGAUGUAGAGACGGUGCAUGCGUGCCAUUAGACUCCAGGUGCGACGGCAUUGCCCAGUGCGAAGACGGUUCUGAUGAGUUGGACUGCUCCAGGUCGCCAUUUGACGCGACAUCCUCCCUUCUGCACUUCCACCCCAUAGACCGGGACCAUAAGACCGUCACCGAACCGUACCAAGAACCUGAAGAAUCGGUCGAGUCGACGACUAAUCAGGAUGAAGAAGAAGGAAUCACAUCGAGACCUAGCGUGAAUAAGUGUCGCGCCGACGACACGGUACGCUGUAGCGACGGAAGUCGUUCUAUUUGCUCUGUACAGCGAUGUGACGGCGUGCCAGAUUGUGACGACGGCGGUGACGAAGUUGGCUGCCCCCAUCCAGGCUGCAGUGCUGGGGAAUUCGCCUGUGAUGUGUCCAGGUGCAUCUUGGAGUCGCAUAGGUGCAACUUCAUCAAGGAAUGCGACGAUGGAAGCGACGAACACGACUGCAACUACCCCGCUUGCACCUCCACGCAAUUCAAAUGCAGAAACGGCCAGUGCAUCGACAGCAGUGCACAUUGCAAUGGCGUCGAGGAUUGUCGCGACCGUACCGACGAGCUUAACUGCCCUUGCAGAGAAGACCAAUUUGAAUGCACACCUGGGUUUUGCGUGCCUCUAAACAGACGCUGUGAUCGGUUCAUGGAUUGUACCAACGGAAGGGAUGAGGAAAAUUGUUCGAACAUGACACGAUGCCGACCGGACGAAUUCACCUGUUCCGACGGUGGUUGCGUAAGCCAGAACGCAAGAUGCGACGGACGUUCGGAUUGUCCGGAUCGUUCGGACGAGCACAAUUGCAAUGUAACCACCUGCAGCGGAGAUCAGUUCCGGUGUCUGGAUGGGACCUGCAUCAGCAUCGACAAAAGAUGCAAUUCGAACAUCGACUGUCGCAAUGGAGAAGAUGAAAACCAGUGCGGUUGCGGAGAAGCCAAGUUUCGCUGUACGGACGGCCAGUGCAUCGGUUACGAGUUGCAGUGCAACGGGGUGGAGGAGUGCUCUGAUGGCUCUGACGAGAGGGACUGCGAUUUGGCCCCGUGCCCUUCUAUGGACUUCACCUGCAGCGAUGGCUCUUGCAUAUCGAAGAGCUCGGUUUGCGACGGAUUUGACGACUGCCCCAGGGCAGAAGACGAGCUUCACUGUGAACGGGAAUGCACACCCACCCAGUUCAAAUGCGUCACCGGGAACAAGUGCAUCGAGGGUGUCUACCGGUGCGACGGCCAUCCGGAUUGUCCUGAUCACAGCGACGAAGAUUGCGCUAACGAAACCAUUACACACGCCAUUCAGCCUACCAGCCAACCAUGGCCAGGCCGGGCAACCGACAGCCUGAGGGAAUGCGAUCCGAGCAGGGAAAUGCGUUGCGACGACGGCAAGUGUGUUCUGCUUCGACGUAAAUGCGACAAUAUCUUCGACUGUAUCGACGGCAGUGAUGAACGUGGCUGCGGUGUCUGCACGCCUGCCGAAUGGAAAUGUGCCAGUGGCGAGUGCAUACCGGAAACCGAAAGAUGCGACAAUGUAGUCCAGUGUGCUGAUGGAACUGACGAGGCUGGAUGUGUAAAUGAAUGUCCGGCUGGAAUGUUUCGAUGCAACGACGGAUUGUGCCUGGACAGUAAGAGACGUUGCGAUGGUCGACCGCAUUGUUUGGACGGCUCGGACGAGAUCAACUGCCAGUGUCCUGACGGUGAGCUACCCUGCGAUAAUGGUGUCUGCAUCAACAAGAACUUCUUCUGCGACCGAAAUGCCGAUUGCCACGAUGGCAGCGAUGAACGUGACUGCCCGGUUAUCGAUGAGACAACUGAUGGGGAUCAUGUUGCAUGCCGCCAAGACGAAUUCGCCUGCCCCCAUGGAGGCUGUAUACCGCAGUCUGCAGUCUGCAACGGACGAAACGACUGUCCCUACGAGGAAGACGAGAUCAAUUGUCCACGAGGUUGUGGCAAGGAUCAAUUCCAAUGUUCCAAUGGAGAUUGCAUCAGAGCUGAUCAGAAAUGCAAUGGUUAUAUAGACUGUGUUGAUGGAUCCGAUGAACCUGAAGAAUGUGAACGUCCCGGUUUCCAUCCCAUGCCUGGUCGUUGCCCAGCUGGGUACAUCAUGUGUGUUUCUGACAAAGACUGUGUACCUCAGUCCUCUAUGUGUAAUGGAAUUCCAGAAUGUAGGGACAGGUCGGACGAAGAGAACUGCGAACAACUUAAAGAACCAUCUCGCCUCAAUUUGAAGACAUAUCCUAGUGAGCAAGUGAUCAAAGAGAACCCGGCGAAGCAAGGUCGAGAAGUCGUGUUCCAAUGUCGCGACGAGGGUCCUCUUCGAGCCAGGGUACGUUGGCUUCGCGGUAACAACCUCCCUCUGCCACCUGGUAGUCGAGAUCUGAAUGGACGUCUUGAAAUUCCAAACAUCCAACUGGACCAUGGUGGACUGUACAUUUGCGAGGCUGUUGGUUACCCUGCAUCCACAACAGGCCAACAAGUGAACGUUUAUCUGACCGUAGAAAAGUUCGAACCACCAGCAACGAACAAGCCUCAUGUCUGCAUGUACGAUGAAGCCACUUGUAGCAAUGGGGACUGUAUUCCCAAAUCAUACGUAUGUAAUGGCAGACUGGAUUGCACAGAUGGUUCAGAUGAAAUGCGUUGCAGUCCGCAUGGCUGUGAACCCAACGAGUUCCGUUGCAACAACACACAGUGUGUGAGCAAACUAUGGCGAUGCGACGGUGACAAGGAUUGUGCUGAUGGUAGUGACGAGGAAAAUUGUGUUCCAAACAGGCCAGGAUCUCCUUGUCGCGUCACCGAGUACACUUGUGCCAGCAAUGACCAGUGUAUACCUAAAAGUUAUCAUUGUGACAUGGAGAAGGACUGCAUUGAUGGUAGCGAUGAAAUAGGAUGUUCUCCGGUUUACAUAAUGAAGCCACCUCCACCGAUGAUCACUUUAGAUCUAGGAACAACCCUGGUGAUCGUCUGUACAGCGAUAGGUGUUCCUACCCCUGAAAUAAAUUGGCGGUUGAACUGGGGCCACAUUCCUCCAAAAUGCACCAUGACGUCCAUCAAUGGAACUGGAACUCUAACCUGUCCUGACAUACAGACCGAAGAUCAAGGAGCUUAUUCCUGCGAGGCAUUAAACACCGCUGGCUUCGUGUUCGCGGUACCUGACGCCAUUGUGAUGGUGAACAAACCAGACGAUGUUUGCCCCAAGGGGAUGUUCAAUUCCGAGGCAAGAACUGUGGAGGAAUGUAUCUCCUGUUUCUGCUUCGGUGUCGCCACCGAGUGUCACAGUGCGAACCUCUUCACGUAUCAAAUCCCUCCGCCUUUUGAUCGUCAUAAAAUCGUAGCUGUUAAACAAGAGCCUGACCUUCGAAUCCUCAACGACAUCAGUUAUCAGUUAGCUGUGAAACCAUUGGGCAGAGACGGUUUACAUUUGGACGAAUCAACUCCAUUCUUGAACCAGUUAGCUGCUGAGAAAGAUGUUCCUUACUUUGCCCUGCCUGAGAAUUUCCAUGGAAGUCAGCUGAAAUCCUACGGUGGUUAUCUGAAGUACAGGGUGCGUUACAAUGGCACUGGAGUUCCAAAUUCUGCACCAGCGGUCGUGCUAAGCGGGAAUAAUUAUGUGCUGAUACACAAAGGGAAACAAUUGAUACCUAAUUACGAUAACGACGAGUCUGUUAGGUUCUUCGAGGGUGAGUGGUUGAAGAAACAAGGCUGGUCAGAGGUACCUGCUACGAGGGAGGAUAUCAUGAUGACAUUGGCCAACGUAGACAACAUUUUAAUCAAAGUAGAGUAUGACAAUUCACCAGACUUGGAUGUCCAACUGACACAUAUUGUAAUGGACACUGCUGAUGUGAGGAACACUGGUCUUGGGUCGGCAUCGUUCGUAGAAGAAUGCCAGUGUCCUUCAGGAUACACUGGUCUGUCGUGCGAGGAAUGUGCUCCAGGAUAUCUGAGACGAAAAACUGGCCUAUGGCUUGGUCAGUGUUACAGAGACGAACCGGUUGAUUGUCCUCCAGGAUACUAUGGCGAUCCCUCGAGGAAUAUACCUUGCAAAGCUUGCCCCUGCCCACUUACCAAUCCAUCUAAUCAAUUUGCACGCACCUGUCAUCUUGGAUCCGAUGGCCAACCAACCUGCAAUUGUCCUCCAGGAUACAUUGGUCGUAGGUGCGAACAGUGCGACGUUGGGUACCAAGGAAACCCUCUUAUUCCUGGAGACAUGUGUGUAGCAAGGCAACAGUGUGACCCAGAGGGCAGUAUCAGUUCAGUUGUGGAUCCUCUUACUGGAAAAUGCCGGUGCAAGCAAUACGCUACGGGUAUCACUUGCAACCAAUGUAAGGCGAAUACGUUCAAAAAUCAAUUCGGUUGCACUAGUUGCUUCUGCAUGGGCAUCACCAACAAAUGUGUCUCGUCCAAUUGGUACAGGAAUGACGUUCGAGUUUCCUUCACAAAUUCUAUCAGAGAUUUCUCCCUCAUCGAAUCAAGAACACCACAUCCACCACCCAUCGUUGAUGGCAUCCGUUUGAACACAGUAACACGUGAGAUCAUUUACAAUGAUUUCCCUAAUCGUGGAAACAACGACGUCUACUACUGGCAGUUGCCUAGUAUCUUCUUGGGCGAUCAGGUCACGUCUUACGGUGGAAAUCUUAAGUACACUGUUAGAUACGUUCCAGCACCAGGUGGUCAGAGUUCAAAGAACAAUGCUGCUGACGUUGAAUUGAUCAGCGCUAAUGAUAUCAAUUUGUUGUACUUCUCCCGGGAAUCUCCUGAACCAAAUACACCGCAAACAUUCACUGUCCCUCUUCUGGAACAAUACUGGCAACGUAACGAUGGCACGCAAGCUGACAGGGAACAUUUAUUAAUGGCACUGGCUGAUGUUAGUGCCAUUAGAAUCAAAGCUACCUACACUACCCAUACCGACGAGGCUGCGUUGUCUCUGGUAUCUUUGGACAUUGCUGAAAAAUACAACACAGGAAGAGCUCGUGCGGUUGAAGUAGAAGAAUGUUCCUGUCCUAUUGGCUACAAAGGAUUAUCUUGCGAAGACUGUGACGUUGGAUACACCAGAGCCAGCGAAGGCCUGUACCUAGGCAUCUGCGAACAGUGCAACUGCAAUGGACACUCGGCUCAAUGCAAUCCUGACACUGGAAUAUGCGAGAAUUGCGCAGACCAUACCACCGGAGACUUCUGCGAGGUUUGCGAGCCAGGAUACGAAGGGGAUGCAACUCGAGGAACGCCACACGAUUGCGUCUACAAAGACUCGACACCGUGUCGCUGUAACGAGGCUGGCUCUCGUAGCAGCUCGUGUAUCGGCGACAGAUGCGAUUGUAAACGAAACGUCGAAGGACCCCAAUGCAACCGUUGUCGUCCAUCCACCUUUGGACUCUCCUCGUACAAUCCUGAUGGAUGCACCGAAUGUUACUGCAGCGGUGUGACUAAUCAGUGUCACGAGAGUUCACUGUACGUUCAACAGAUACCAGUCUGGGUCUACGACAAUCAGCAUGGGUUCACCCUUACUGACUCAACUAGACAGGAGAUAAUCGAUGAUGGUUUUGAGCUGAAUUUCGCCAUGAAUGAGAUUGGCUAUCGUUACCCGGAUAGUCGAGGACGCAGGUUGUUCUGGUCUCUGCCAGCAAUAUUCACUGGGAACAAGGUUAAAAGUUACGGGGGGAAUCUCACUUUAACCCAGCAUAUCACUGCGUAUCCCGGAGCUCAGAGUUACAAAGAUCAGGAUAUCAUUUUAAUUGGAAAUGGGAUUACAUUGUUCUGGACGAACCCUAUGGAUAUUCAGCCUGACAUACCAUUGACCUACUCGGUGCCUCUUAGAGAAUCAGAAUGGAGACGUUUAACCACCGAAGGUCCACGAGUUGCUUCCCGCAUUGACCUAAUGACUGUACUGUCCAACCUUGAGGCUAUUCUGGUCCGUGCAACGCACAGUGAAAGAAUGACAGCCACUUACAUCAGUGAUAUAAGUCUGGACACAGCGGUGGAGCAUCAGACUGGUAACAGAAGAGCAGUUCAAGUGGAAGUUUGUCGCUGUCCAACUGGCCACGUUGGUACAUCCUGUGAAUCCUGUGCUAGAGGAUACUACAGAGACCCGAACGAUCGUUCUGCCAGCUACUUGGGCUCCUGCAAUCCAUGCCCUUGCAACAAUAACGAGGAGAGCUGCGAAAUCACGAGAAGUGGACAAGUGAAAUGUCACUGUCUGCCAGGAUACACCGGUCAAUACUGUCUGAGCACCGGUGAAUUGAUGGUUAGUAUAAAGCCGAUGAAGGGUGAAGUUAUGGCAAACUCGUGGAUUCUAUUCACAUGCAGUUACGAGUUCCCGGAACCUUUGUAUAUCUCUUUUAAACUAACACCAUUCGGUGGAAUGCCUUUAACUGCGACCGGUGUUACACCCGGCCCGAUUAUGAUAACCGAGAAAGGGGCACAGCGAACCUGGUACGUUUACGUGCAGCUAGAACCUUGCAAUGUGGAGUGCCAUAUCCAGGACCGUGAUGGCAAAGAGUUAAUCAAGGUGGUGACAUCGGUUACACCAGAAACUAAUGUAACAACCACUACACCGUAUCCUCCCUAUAUACCUCCACCGAGGAUACUGGUUUACAUCAAAGGACCAGAGUUCCAAAUCGUUGAAGCUGGAACCACCGUUCGAUACCAUUGUGCUGGCAAAUCUUUAGACAAUGGAUCAUUGCAUAUCAAAUGGGAAAAAGAAGGUGGCCAGUUACCUACUGGAAGAACUGUGGACGACAGUCAGGGCUUAUUGGUCAUUCGUGAUGUGAAAGUAUCCGAUAGCGGCGUAUAUGUCUGCCAAGUUAGCGAUGGUGUGCAUAUUGGAUACAAGAACGUUACCCUCACCGUUGGAGGUUCAAACCCAGUUGCACCAAGAGCCGUUGUCAUGCCAACAUCCUUGGAGGUAGUGGAAGGACAACCUGCAGAAUUCCGUUGCAUGGCCACUGGACACCCACAGCCUCAGGUCGAGUGGAUACGCGUCCAUGGACCUACGAGCCCAGAAGUGGUCACUCAUAAUGGAAUUUGGUCUCUGCGGGCAGCCUCAAAGAACGACGCAGCUGAGUACAAGUGUAUUGCCAGGAACAACGUUGGCGUAGACGAGCAGACUGUUAUUCUUUAUGUCAGCGAUAAUCCUUCCAUGCCACCGACAACUGGUAUACUCCCUACCAUCACUCCAUCGCAAUGGUACGGAACAGAGGGAGACGCAGUCCUGUUAACCUGUUCCCAAACAUCACCAGAACUCGCGAGCCUCGUCUGGCUUCGACAAGGAAACUUACCCUUCUCUCCAACAGCUACUCAACGCGAUGGUGUAUUAACAAUCAUGAACUCAACUCAGUACGACUCCGGCGUUUACAUAUGCUUAGCGACUACCUACGUUGGAACCCACGUCAACAACACAGCUGAGAUAACAGUGGUGCCUCGAAGAUCUCCACCUUCCAUCAAAGUGAGACCCGAGAAACAGACUGUUCCUCAAGGCAGCGUAGCUGAGGUACAGUGUGUCACCAGCGGGGAACCAGGUCUGCAGGUGAAAUGGAGCAAGUAUCAUCACGAACGACUGAGCUCUAACGUUCAACAAGUCGGUGACACCUUGAGGAUCGUCAAUAUUCAGAUCCCAGACCGUGGAGUGUACGUGUGCCACGUGACAGGACCAUCUGGUAGCCACGAAUCCAGCGCUGUGAUCGAAGUUGAACCUCGGGAAGCUCCUCGCGUGGAGAUCUACCCAAGGGAGGUGCCUCCUGUUAUACUAGGCGGUUCUACCGAUUUGCAAUGUCGAGCUGUGGCCGGGAUUCCCAUGCCAGAAUUGCACUGGUCCCAUCAGAACGGCAGACCGUUCCCGUCCAACAUCAAACAGCUUCCUGGCGGUGUUCUCCGGCUGUCGAACAUCACAGCGAACGACGGCGGUGCCUACGUUUGCUCGGCAGUGAAUCCCGUUGGUUCGAACACAGCGGUGGUUUACAUCGAGGUUCAAUCUGUCCCUGUUAUCAUGAUUUCACCCAGGUCUGGAAUUCUCCAAGUGAAACGAGGGGACAGAGUGAAAUUGAUUUGCAGGUCGUCGGGUUAUCCACAGCCUAGGGUCGCGUGGGUCAAACACCAGAAUCGAAUAGACUUUAGGACUCCGUUCUAUUUAUCAUCAGAAGCUGCGACACCUUUGGAAGCUGUAUAUGAAAUAAACUCUGCCUCCCCCGACGACGAAGGCUCGUACACCUGCCACGCUAACAAUGCCGCAGGAAUGGUUGAAGAACGCGUUUACAUACGCGUGGAAGACAACGAGGUUUAUUCUCCGGAUGAGUAUCCUGGUCCCGAUAAACCUGAAAAUCCAGACGACCAGAAGAUCACGGUACCGAAGGAUUACUUCAAGAUUCCCAGCGGUGGCAAAGUGGAGAUGCGUUGUUACGUUCGCUCGUCCGAUGGAAACCAUAUCUAUCUAGACUGGAAGAGAACCGACCAUAGACCUCUGCCAGAAGGUAGCACGGUUCACAAUGGAAUACUGAACAUUCCAGUAGCUGACAAAAGCGCUGCUGGAGAAUACGUUUGCCUGGGCAUGGACCAGGCUCGCAAUGUUCUGUUCAGGGCCAAGUCUCAUCUUGAAGUACUCUCACCACCUAGAAUAGUGUUGAAUCCACCCCGCCAGACGGUCCGUGCCGGUGAAAAUCCUUCCAUAGACUGCAGCACGACAGGGGACGAACCGAUGACCAUCCAAUGGGCCGCCAUAGGACGUAACCUUCCUUCUUCGGUCACCCAGGACCGUGGAGUCUUACAGUUCCAUGGAAUUACUUAUUCCGAUGCUGGGAAGUAUGUCUGCACAGCUACAAACGAUGCAGGAACUGCUGAGGCUGUGGCUGAGGUUCUGGUGAAUGAACAUCCUUUCGACGAAAGUAGUGUUGUCCAUGCAGCCCAAAGAGAUGUGGUGACUUAUGCUGGUCAGCCUGUACGUCUACGGUGCACGGUUAACGUAAGAGCAACCAUACAUUGGAGCAGAGACGGUCAACCAUUACCUUCGACUGCCAGGAUAGAAGAUGAUUAUUUGGAACUGCCUCGAGCCAGACCAGAGGACAGUGGAAGAUACAUUUGUCAGAUUCAAACUGUACACGGAGUCUCUAGCGAUUAUAUAAACUUGAAUGUCUCACUAGUUAAUUUGCACACGGAAUGCUCGCGAGCGAACCGAACCCAGUGCAGCGAAAGCAAGUGCAUAUGCAACGUUCAAGGAUGCUUUCUGUUGGAUUACCUUUGCAACGUCUAUAUUCGCUACUACAACGAUAUCGGUGACAACUACUACAACACCCCGCAAAACCGUCACUAUCUUCAACAACGACGUGCCACCGUCACACCUGCGGUUAGCGUGGAAGCCUCCCAGAACCCAGUGAACAUCGGAGACACCGUGAACAUUCGUUGCGCCUGCUCUGGAACGCACAACCCUCGUUACCAUUGGGUCAGACCGAAUCAUCCUAGUUUACCAGAAAAUGCCCAGGAAUAUGGAAACGUUCUUAGAUUAACCAACGUCGCUGUCAGCGACAGUGGGGUGUACAGGUGCAUCGCAGACACGCCUGAAGGAGUUUUUGACCACGAUUUCAAUCUCGUCGUCCAUGAUGGAAAUAAUGAUGCACCAGCUAUCGAGACCAAGUAUGCACCUUAUGGAUCCAGCCUGGAGAUGGAUUGUAAACCCAACUUGAAUCCACCACUGAAAUUCCACUGGAGUAAACUUGGAGGACUCCUCCCACGCGAUGCACAAAUUUUUGAGAAUAAAUUGAAAUUAAUCAAUGUGAAAGCAGAGGAUGCUGGAACGUACGUUUGCACUGCGACCAAUAAUCUCGAGAACAUUGAAAUACCCACAGUACUUGUGGUAACCGGUGUGGUCCCAUACUUCAGCCAAGCUCCUGAGAGUUUCAUUGCCUUACCACCUCUGCCUGAUUCCUACUUAAAAUUCAACAUUGAAAUAUCGUUUAAACCUGAGAGCUAUGACGGUAUCAUUUUGUACAACGACGAGUCGAAUCGUGGAAAUGGUGACUUCAUCUUGUUAUCCUUGGUCGGAGGGUACCCAGUGUUCAGCUUUGAUCUUGGCUCUGGACCGACUAUCAUCCGUGCAGAGAAGUCCGUCACGUUAAGCGAAUGGCACACGAUCAAACUCCAACGUAAUCGCAAAGAAGGAACUAUGUUAGUCGACGGCGAAGGUCCUUUCAAGGGUGUUGCAGCUGGCAGAAAGCAAGGCUUGGAUUUGAAAGCGCUAUUGUUCGUCGGCGGCGUCCCCAGUGACAACACUGUCAACAAAUACGCUGAGAUCACUAGCGGUUUCGUUGGAUGCAUCAGCAGACUGGUGAUAGGAGAGAAGGAGAUCGACCUGAUCGAUGAUCAAACGAACAGCGUUGGAAUCACAAAUUGCGAGACCUGCGCUGAAAAUCCAUGCAACAAUGCUGGUGUGUGCCAGGAGGCUGCUACCAAGAAUGGAUACACGUGUUUGUGCCGCGCUGGUUACAGUGGAAAACACUGUGACUACGUUGGCCAGUCGUGUUAUCCAGGUGCUUGCGGAGAAGGUACGUGUGUAGAUAAAGAAACGGGUUUCGAAUGUUAUUGCCCCCAUGGAAAAACUGGAUCUCGAUGCGAACAUUCACUGACGAUUUACGAGCCAGCUUUUCACGACGACAAGUCUUUCGUCGCGCAUGAAACGCCCAAAGCUCUUAGACGGACGAGAAUGAACCCAAGCUAUACACACAAUAGAUUACGAGCACGCAACGCACAAGUUAGAAAGGCACGGUCGAGGCCUCAUGACCAUAAUAAGAUGCACCACACAAAACAUUAGUCCCUUCACCACCAAAUUUCUAUGCACAUAAAUAGAAACAAGUCAUUUAUGUAUUGUUCGAUCGAUGUGUAAUAGUCGUAGGAACAAAUCAAUUUUUUGUGUAACUGCUAUUUAUAGUUGUCAGUCAACAUAUAUGUUAUAUAUAUAUAUUAUUUUUUUUUUAUAAGAAUUUUAUUUACUAUUAGAUGUUUUCAUUUCUGCCUCAUACGUGUAAUAGAUUACGUUGGAUGCAUAGGCCAUCGCAGAGCCUGUAGAGUGAGUAGUUCCUUGGAAUGAACCUCAUGGUGCUGUAAUAUUAGAUUAUCAAUAGCUAUUAUAUCACAACCCUUUGCAGUCAAAAAAUGAAAUUAUAAUAUGAAAAAUUCCUUUCCGGAAUCCAUGGUGUUCGAGGAAGGACUUCUGCUCGCAGGGCUCUCUUUUGUAACAUUUUCACUUGAAUGCUUCCAAGAUUGCAAAGGGUUUCUUUGUACAGCUUUUCUUGAAUAAUACAUUUAACGCAUUAUGUUAGUCAUUUUAAUUAUUGUAUCAACACACCGUACACGUACACACACGCGCAACGGCACGUGUAAAAUGUUUGUACUUAUUUUCUAAGAACCUGUGUGUGUAUGUGCCGAGGAGGUGUAUUUUUAGGACCAGAAUGACCAUUUAUAUGUAUUCGACGGGCUUCGAGCAAUGCUAUAAGUAUAAAUAUAUGUCUUGAGAUGCAAAUAAAAUUGAUUUAACAAGAA